AUGGCGGCCUGCAGGCGGAAUCACCGUUGGAUCUCUCGUGGGGUCGCCGAUGCCGUUCGCAGCGUCGCAGGCGGCAGAUGCGGCGAUGGCGGAGGCGUCGGAGGCCGCGUACGUGGCGACCGCAGCCGUCAUGCCGCUGGCUCAGAACACAAGCACCGUGAACUAGCCAUUGUCGCUGCGGGCGCUUCCCCCGGUGAGGCAGCUGCGGGCGCUUCCCCCGCGCAUGCUCUGCACUUGCUCGCCUUCCAGCGCAUGCUCUGCACUUGCUCGCCUUCCAGCGCAUGCUCUGCACUUGCUCGCCUUCCAGCGCAUGCUCUGCACUUGCUCACCUUCCAGCGCAUGCUCUGCACUUGCUCGCCUUCCAGCGCAUGCUCUGCACUUGCUCGCCUUCCAGCGCAUGCUCUGCACUUGCUCGCCUUCCAGCGCAUGCUCUUCGACGUCGGCUUCCACGGCGGGCGACCCAUCGACGAAACGUUCUUUCGCACGCGGAUCAGCGGCAGGCACAACCCUGACAUUGGCCGGGACCUGUUCCCGGGGUGGACCCAGGAGCAGCGCACGGCGUUUCUUGACGAGAAAGAGGCUCUCUUCAAAAGAUGCGAGUGUGCUGGUAUGCUGCCAACUGACUCACUCACAUCCGGCCCAUCCAAUCAGAGCUUGUGGAGACUCAUGGGUGGCAACACGAGAGCCGGGACAUGCUGUGCGGCUCGCAGGCAGCUAGUGCUGUGGCGGGAAGGUGGGGAGUCUGAGGGGGAAGGCAGGACGCUGCAUGUAGGAGCGGAUCAUGGGCGGCAACAGGAGCAGCAACAGCAGCCAAUGGGGAGCCUGCUGCACCGGGGAGCCUCGCGCUCCACCCCUGCUGCACCGGGUGAGUCGACACGAUGCGGUGCUGAUGUGAGGCGAGUCGAUGCGGUGGCGAUGUGA